UCGAGCUGAAGAGCAAUGGAAGUAGGCGAUGCUUCGAAACCAAAUGUUUUGUAUCUCCGCGGUUACGGAAAGAGGGAAGAAUUGUGGUUUCGCAUCGUGAUGACAAAAGAGGAUGGCAAACGAGGUGAAAGGCAAACAAUUGAACCUGUUGCGAAGCUCUGUCGGCAGACUUAUGGAAUUGCAGGAAGAUGGACAGUAGUUGGUGAUGAAGACAUAUACUGGAUUGGUGGAUACAGUUAUGGUGGUGAUAGGGCUAUUGUUCGUUCCCAAUUGCAUAAACAUAAUAUCAUCAAACAUUCUUUUGACCCUAGCCUUUGGGAACCCGUAUCAUCUCCCAUGGAUAUUCCCCGUAGCAAGCCCUUCCUCGCUGCCGUUGGUACAAAGCUAUAUGCUGGGGCCGGCACUGAGCACUACGCACGGGGUGAUAAGCAUGAGAAUCCAAUUUGGAAAAGAUGUGGUCAAAUUUACGACCUCCAUGAAAAAACUUGGAAAUACCUGAUGCCGCAUAUCAAAAAUUUUGAAAGCUAUGAUGCCGAUAGAGCUGUUCUUGUGGAAAAAGAGGAUGGUGAGGAGCCAACGGAAAUUGUGUAUUAUUCCUUGGAUGUGGGUUCCGUGAUGUUUAUUGACUUUACUAGUGGAUGAGGAGCCUAGGUGAUGCCUUAAACAGUUGUGAUUGGAAGCAUUUUCGAGCAAGAAAGACCCCUCAGAGCUAAGUACGCUUGAAGACGAGGAAUAGAAGUGAUGAAACACAG